AUGGAAAAGACAGUUAACGUUUCCGGAAAAAGCACUUCUACAUUUGAUAAACUUGAGCAUACCAAACCUUAUUACGUUUUGGUUGACGAACAGAAACCACAGGAAGAUUGCUCGAUCGACUCAGUUAUGGCCGGAUUGUUCUACGUACAUGCAAAUUCUCGAGUGUCCGAAGUGAUGUCGCUUUCGGUUGAGGCCCUUGGUCCCGACUCCGUUUUGGUCCAAUGGAAAGGCCUUGACCUCGCCAAAACUCCCUUUGUGUACGGUUUCAACUACCAAAUCAAGGAAAAAUCAGGGAAAUUCUCCAAAUCUGGCUCUCUUCCCGCAAACGCAAUGUCGCUUACUAUUGGCGGGCUGGAUGCCGUAACUGAGUACGAGGUCGCCAUUACGACUGUUGGGAUCUACAGCCGACGUUCGUCCAUGGGCUCGAUCAAAACCUCUCCUGGGCUUCCCAGCGCACCGCAGGACUUAACCACUUCUCUGGCUGGAACAACGCUCACAGUUAAUUGGAAGGCCCCGGCUAGCGUGCCGGGCCAACUUUCCAAGUACCGCGUGGCACUCUACAAAAAUGGCAACAUUCAAGAGCUGAAGGAAACUAGCGACCUAAGGGCCACGUUCGAAAACGUUGACAGAAACAUGUACUACACCGUCAAAGUUGCCGCUUUUGUCGAAUCGGUGGAUGGACGUGGAGGCGGUUAUGGGCCGGAAGUCAGCAGUGGACUGGUGAUCCAACAGCCACCAACACCCCCACCUCUGGGAACCCCCGAAUUGAAGUCUGUUGAAGCUGCCGGUUCCACGGCCGUCAAAGCGGUCUGGACUGAAGUCCCGCAGGCUUAUGGUUACAUAUUUACCUUUGCAUCAUCGAUAAAGCCCACUGUCGUUGUCGUUGUAUCGUCAUCGCCAACGUUUGCAAUUUUGAAAGGAUUAGAACCAGGCACCAAGUACCAGGUUACCGUUCAGGCUAUGAGCAUUGACAAAACAGGAGAAAAGUCAAAGGCCAUUGAAGUUGAAACUCUAGGAUCAGCACGGAUGAUGGACCCGACGAUUCAGGGUAAAAAGGCGUCUGGAAAAGAGGAAGGGGCUGAAUCACUGCCCUCAUUCAAGAAAUCCGAAGCCACCUUCAGCCGUACUGCAAGAGGCAACGUUAAGAGAGGAGCGAAGUUGGUUAAGAGAGAAGCCUCUGCCUCGACACAUCCUCAGCACGUUGCCUUUGGUGCCGACGUCUUCAAAGUGCCAUCGGCUGAUCAGAACGCCUGCGGCUUGUUCAAUGCCACGUGCACCAAGAAUGCCACUCAGAAACUCGAAGUUCCAUCCAAAGGAGGUGGUGGUGCGCGCACUAUAAUGGCGGUGGCAGCCUGUGUGAUGGCCGCUGUGGUCCUGGUCGGACUGGCCACGUUGACUGUGAUGCGCCAAAGGCCAAGGCGUGGGUCCCACGCGACGCAACCACUGCCUGUCUGA